ACAUUAAGAAACUGUAAAUACUGAUUAAUCGAUAACCUCACAGAGAGUAGAUCGGCAUUUAGCCGCGAAUUUCAUCAAAAAAUGUAGAUUUUUUUUAAUUUUAUAUCGUGUGGGUUUAUACAAAGCGUAAAAUGUCUGACACGCAAAUAUCUAGCUUCCUGAGGAAGUAUCUAGCCGAUGAGGACAGAAAAAUUCGUGCGCAAUUCAAAGAAAGCGAUCCCAAAAACAAAUUGAUUCUAUGGAUGCACGAAAAAACGAGAAUAACAGAGGAUGACUUGAAGCGCCCAUACACCAAGGACGAGGUAAGGGAGCUGUGUCUACGCACCAAAGUAAAAGUCGAUAUGACCGCUUGGAAUUGUUUGUGGGAGGCCAAAAAGAGGUUUGACGCAAAAGGGCGUUUUGAAAACAAAUCUGAGAAAUUUAUCAACCGAAUGUAUAUGAAAGCGGUGCGCAGGAAGAUGGUCCAACCGUAUCCGGAGGAGUAUGUGGCCCAGCGAAGAGAAGUGAUUGCCGCCGAGACCAAGAAGUUCAACAUCAGCCGAUUGGAUAGAUGGCAAAAGCAAAAGAGUCAAAACCGAUCGGCACCAGAAUCCUCUUCAGCUCUGGUCGGUCAUGCAUCUCAGCAAGAUUCUCAGGAUAAUGAAGCGGUGGAGACCCACGAAGACCAAGCUAACACAAAUCGGUAUUCAGUGUCUCAAAUGGAACCGAUGGCUCGGCCAGUCGUGUCGGCAUCAGAUCUUAGCGGCAUCGGGGACGAUGAGGACGAACAGCAACAGCAGCAGUCAGAAUUUCAGACCGAGCACACCGACUGUCCAGAGACACAGAUGAGAUGCGAUCAAAUUAAUUCGGGUAGCUUGCCGAUGGGACUGACUAAUUCGGAGUCUGCGCCGGACUACUAUAUGUUUGGCACCCAAUUGAGCACAUCAGUACGACCCACGUCGACUCAAGAGGCUGAUGAUCAGAUAGCCUGUCCAGAGACCGAGACGAAUGAGAGUUGGGUAAGGUGUGAUCAAAUUAAUUCGGAAAGCAUGUCGAUUGGACCGUCAAUUGAUUCAGAAGGAAAUAUCAGUUUACAAAAUUCGGGGUCUGAGCCGAUCGACGUUGAUUCGAUGGCCUGAUGUCCGUAUAUCAUUUGUAAGUUACCAUUUUUAACUAUAUAAAGUUCUGCGUUUAUUGGUGUUAUUUAAUUAAAAACAUGUAAUCCCUAAAAAUGUUAUAAAAUGUGUAAUAAAAAUCCUUAAUUAAAA